AUGCAUUUACAUUUUAUUCAGCAAUCUACACUACCGCCCCUCCUCCCCCUCCUUCCCUUGCCCGUUUCCAGUCGCGAGUACACGCACCGCCUCAAGUCCGUGUCAAUGGCCAAGUUCACUCCUGAAGAGGUGGCAGCGCUGCAGCAAGGCGGCAACCAGUCCGUGUCAAUGGCCAAGUUCACUCCUGAAGAGGUGGCAGCGCUGCAGCAAGGCGUCAACCAGAAAGCGCGGGAGUUUUUCCUCGCGAAUGCCAGCAGGGUGGAGCCGCCAGACCCCAACGACCCAAAUCGGCUGAGGGAGUUCGUGCGAUCAGUCUACGUGGAGAGGCGAUACGUGGCAAGCAGAGACCCGAACGCUGCUGCUGUGCCACCUGCGCGCGCGCAGCCCUCUUCCCCCUCCCCUUCCCCCGACCUUCCCCCAGCCUCCGCCUCCUCCCCGCAGCCCGUCUCCUCGUCCCAGCACAACGAUCACAGCCGUUUAUCUUCGGACGCCAGAGCUAUGCGGGCUUCUGCUGAUGGGUACGGUGGUGCGAGUGGGGCGAGCAGAGGUCCGGGGAGAGGCGCGGGGUAUGGGAGUGAUAGGCAGCCGCAGCAGCAGCAGCCGCCGCAGGAGGAGAAGCGGAAGCACAAGGGCGGGCUGUCAUCCUUCCUGGGGUUCAAAUCCCGUGGCAGCAGCAGUAGCAGCAGCAACAGUGGCGGCGGUGGCAGCAGUGGCGGUGGCGGCAGCGGGAGUGGCGGGGCGGCAGGCAGCAGGCAUAGCAGCAGCAGCGGGGGCAGUAGGGAGAGACGGGAAGACUCGUUGAAGGGAGAGCAUCGGAGGGACGGCCAAGGGGGACGGUCCUCCUCUCCCUCCAGUUCCAACAACAGUGAUAAAGGCAGCAGAGGCAGCGACAGGGAGAGAGACAGGGAGAGGGAGAGGGAGCGAGACAGGGAAAGGCAUGGGCAUGGCAUGAGGAAGAGCGGGAGUAGUAGCGGCAGUGCAGGCGGGCAUUCCAGACCCAGCGGGGGCAGCGGGGGAGGGGGGGGAAGUAGAGGGGGAGGAGGAGGGGGGCAGGGCGUGCAGGCGGUGAGUGUGCCUGUGGGUCUGGUUCUGGGGCGGGAUGUGGAGGAGCUGAAGGUGUAUGCAGAAGGGGAGGAGGGCGCCGUGGGGAAUGGCGUGAAUGGGGGGCAUGCGGGACGGGGAGAGGAGCAGGGAGGAGCGCCUGGAAGCCCUGGGUCCAUUGCUUCCUCUGCGGCAUCGCGCAAGGCUGCAGACGUUCACCCGCCAACGCCCGAGAGCAAGCUCAACCCCUCCACCAGUGCCGCCCCCCCCAGUGCCGCCGUCACCACGGCCAGCCUCAUAGACUUCUCCUUUGACGACCCCACCCCUGCACCGCACACUGCCGGCGCAUCUGCUGCACCAGCAGCAGCAGCAGCAGACCCAUUCGGGCUGGCAGAUCUCCUCGCGCCUGCCCCCGCUGUCCCCGAUCCUGGCCAAGGUAUGGGCGCUGCAGGUAUGGGAGGUUUGGACCCUGCAGGUAUGGGCUCUGCUGCGGCCGGGCCUCCGUACGGGGCUCAGUUUCCUGGUGGAGCCCAGCUCUUUGGGGAUCAGCCCUUUGGGGGCGAGCCGCUGCCCGGCCAGCAGUAUGGGGGACUGCUGCCUAUGGGAGGUCAGGCGUUUGGUGGCGGUCAGCCUGGGGCAGCUGGAGGGCAGCCGUUUGCAGGGCAAGCGUUUGCCGGGCAGGGGUAUGGCGGUCAGCCUGGUGGUGUGGAGUUUGGCACGGUGCAGAACGUUGGUGUGGGGUUGGUUCCGGAUCAGCAGCAGGCCCCGGGUGGUGCUGCUAUGGGCUGGGGCUCUGGUUUCCUGCAUGCUGAGACCGGUGCUCGUGCUGUGCCUGCUGCAACUGCUGCUGCUGCGUCCGCUCCUGCUGCUGGGGGGUUGGAGCAGGCACAGCUGCCACAGGGACCGGCACAGCAGCCUGGGCAGCAAGGCGGUUUCUUUGGGGAAAACGAUGCUGUUGAUGCUGCUGUGGACUUUUUCACCAACCUCCUCCCAGCGCCUACAGUAAAGAACGACCUGCCCUACCUUGGGGGCUAUGCCGCCCCUCCUGCCCCCGCCCCUGCUGUCACCGAUACAAGCACACUCGCUUUUGGAUCGCCAGGAACAGUGGCUGCUGCAGCUUCUGCUUAUGGGGCAUACGGGCAGCCUCAAAUGUCCGCGUUGGGUCUGCCGCCCCAAGCCAUGGACUUGCCGCCCUACCAGAUGGCAGGACCCGCUACAGGACAAGCCAUGCCGUCCGCCUAUGAUCAAUUCCUCUCUACCACAGCAGCCGCCCCUCCUCCUUUCCCCGGUGCCUCUGGUGUUGCUGCUAGUCUCGAUGCCUCUGGUUUUGGUGCUGCUGCCGAUGGUAGCAGUGCAAAUACAGCAGCAGCAGCUGCUGCAGCAGCAGCUGGCAAGUCGACCAAUCCGUUUGCCUUUGAUGAUGAGGAUGACGAGGAGGACACUACCGCCCCUGCUGCUGCGACUGGUUCUCAGCCAUUCUCCAUGGAUCCGUUGGCUGCUGCUCUCCCUGGUGGUUAUUUUGCCCCCCCUGGCACCGCUGCUGCCCCCUUCCAGUCCCCUCAGCAGCAGAAUCCUGCAGCCACCCCGUUCGGCCAUGGACCAGACCUCUCCCCACAACCCUCCGCCUUUUCGCCCUCCACUCCUCCGCAACCCUCCGAUCCAUUCGGCGCACCUCACCCCGUCCAAACCACCUCGCCUGGUCUGGCCGGACCUGCCAGUGGGUUCGGAGGUGCCGCACCCGGAGGGGGCGUGAGUGUGUCUGCUGAUCUAUUUGGGGCUGGGUUCGGGUGGGGGGGAGGGGGAGCAGGAGGCGGGGGAGGAGGGGGAGGAGGGGCAGGUAUGGGAGGCCAUAAUCACAUGCAUUCAGCUGGUGGUGGUGGGGGGAUGUCUGCUUCUAUCGAUUUUGGUUUUCUUGGAGGUGGUGGUGGUGGUGCUGCCUCUGGGCUUGCUCCUGGUGCCCCACAGGGUGGUGGGAACUUUGGACUAGCGCCUGCUACUGCAGGAGCAGCAGGAGGGCCUUCUAUGGAUCCGUUUGCAUCUCUAAUGCCGACUGGAGCACAGGCUCCUAGUGCUCAUCAGCCCGCUCCUGCUGCUGGUGCAGCUGCGGCUGCUCCUGCAUCCUCUUUUGAUGGUUUCUCUUGGUAA